AUGAGCUCAUUAAUCGCAGAAGAAUUCAUCGAUUCCGGCUUCGGGUACCGUACUCACUCGAUCAGGACAGCCGAAAUGUGUCGUCUUUGCCUGAAGCAGCGCUAUCUCGUCGACAUCAACGUGAACCAGAACCUGAUGGUGCAACUGAUGGAGUGCUUUCCAAAUUUCCUGAACGACGACAAGGACCUACCGCCAUUCGUUUGUGGAGAAUGCUACCAGCUGAUCGAGAUCACCUAUCAAUUUACGCUUCGCAGCACUCGGACCCAGGUUUUGCUGCGAUCCUACGUUCACGAAGGAGGGGAUUUUCCACGGCCGGAAAUGCUGGAACGGGAUUACCGACGAGCGGAGAAACGGUCGGCUCCCUCUGAGAAGGAGGAGGUGGAGCACACGAGCAGAGCAAGCAAGAAGAGACGUUCUUCGGAUGAAUCGCUGAAAGUGGACAAGAAGACGCGAAAGUCAUCGAAGCAAACGGAGAAAAAGGAACGAACCGCCAAGAAGUACAGCAGUAAACGAUCGAGUGAAGAGUCAACCAAGAGCAAGGUGAAAGAUUACUACAAAUCCGACGAAUUCCUGUUCGGGGAAGAAAUUGAUAUAGAAAAUGCAAAGAAGCGCAAUGAAGAAACCAAAAGCGUUGAAGCGGUGCGCUCAGAUUUGCAAGCUGAAGAAAUUGUGAGUAGCUUACCUAACAUGUCGCUGAAAAUGUCUUAUGAGGAAAUGUUGAAAGUGAUUAAAACCUUGGAAUGCAUUGAAAAUCACCAACCAAGCUAUUGA